ACUACCGAGAGCACCUCUCAGAUCUCCCGCAUCGCCGCGUGUGUGCGCGCGCUCGUCUCGGCUCGUCUCGGGGUGUAUAUGUGUGUGGGGGAGCGCGCGCGGCUUUCCCCGAAUGGAUGUCGGUGCCUGGGCUGGAUAUUCGGGACUGCUGGUCGGAGGCGGCGGUGUGUGUGUGUGUGUGAGCGGCUGCAGCAGCAUGCUGAGGUGGCCAGGCAGCAGUGAGUGAGUGAAGAUGAGGAGGGGCUCGUGGCUAGUGAGGUGGUUGGCCAUAGGGAUCAUCCUGUUUGUGCCCCUCUUUCACCUCAGAGUUCAGGGAGCAGAAGACUGGCAAUAUGAGGAAUGUAAAUUAUAUCGAGCCGGCCCUCCUGCCACAAUCGUCGCCAUUGAUGAGGAGAGUCCAAAUGGCACUGUUCUGGUGGAGAAUAUGCAGAUUACCGGCCGUGCACAGGACCCUGGCCGGACCAUUUCUCUGACUCUACUGGAGAACUAUGACUACUGGGUCAUACUGGACCCUGCCCUCCAGAGACUCUACCUCAACAGCACUGGACGAGUACUAGACCGAGACCCCCCCAACCAAAUCACUACUAUCGUGGUUCAGGUUCAGUGUACUAAUGAGCUGGUGGGGACGGUGAUCCUGCAUGAAGUUCGUAUUGUGGUGCGCGAUCGCAAUGACAACUCUCCGCAGUUCCAGCAGCCGCGUUACUACGUUGCAGUCAACGAGCUUACUCCCAUCGGAACCACCAUCUUCACCGGCUUCUCAGGAAACAACGGAGCCACUGAUAUUGAUGACGGACCAAACGGCCAGAUCGAAUACGCCAUCCAGUACAACCCCAAUGAUCCAUUGUCGAACAGGACGGUUCGAGUGGCGAACACACUGUACGGACACAUCGUUCUGGCUGAGAGAUUGAACUAUGAAGAGAGGACACGCUAUCAAAUCAUCGUCCAGGCGAAUGACCGCGCGCCGUACCCGGCCAGCCGGCGCACAGCCACCACCACCCUGACUCUGGACGUGUUAGAUGGAGACGACCUUGGUCCCAUGUUCCUGCCCUGCGUUCUGGUCAAUAACACCCGUGACUGCAGCCCCGUCUCCUACCGCGUGGUGAUCCCUGAACUGACGGAGCCGAGCAAGCUAAAUCCCCUAAAUGUGACGCCCCAAAUCCGAGCAGUGGACCAGGAUCGGAACAUCCAGCCUCCUUCAGACCGACCUGGCAUCCUUUACUACAUUCUGGUUGGCCAGCCGUCAGUGUACGCCGAGUACUUCUCUCUGAACCGCAGCACGGCAGAGCUGCUUGUGCUGCAGCCCAUCAGCAGAGACCUGUACCAGAGCUUCACACUCGUCAUUAAGGCUGAGCAGGAUAAUGGCCACCCUCUGCCUGCAUUUGCUGACCUGCGGAUAGACAUUUUGGAUGAAAACAACCAGGCCCCGUACUUCCAGCAGUCGUCCUACCAGGGCUUCAUCAGUGAGUCAGCCGGUGUGGGCGCUACCAUCUCGGCCAGUACCAACCUCACCGCCCCGCUGGCCAUCAUCGCCCUCGACAACGACAUUGAGGAGAGUAAAGACCCACAAGUGAAGAUUACAAUGAGAGACUUUACCUCCAUCUUCUCCAUCACUCCCUCUGGAAUCACGCGUUACCUCACCCUGCUGAAGCCUGUGGACCGAGAGAUCAAAUCCAGCUACACCUUCACGAUGGUGGCCGCUGAUGGCGUACAGCAGAGCACGCCGGUGACUGUUACCAUUGUGGUUAUCGACGCUAACGACAACGCGCCCACCUUCUCUCAGGUUUCCUACAAUGUGGAGGUCUUCACCAAUAUGCUGCCUGGAGAGACUGUGAUACAGCUGACUGCUCAGGAUGCAGACGAUGGUCUGAACGGUUUGGUCACGUACGCCAUCCUAGCGGGCGACCACGGAGAUUUCGUCAUCAGUAACCGUACGGGCCGCAUCACCAUAGCCCCGGGGGUCACUCUGAUCGUGGGCCGCUCCUACGCCCUCACUGUCAGAGCAGCAGAUAAUGCCCCCGAGGCAGAGAGGAGGAGUUCCAUAACUACAGUUUAUAUCGAGGUUCUGCCUCCUAAUAACCAGAGCCCCCCACGCUUCCCCCUGCAAACCUACAACCUGGAGAUCAGCGAGGCCAUGAGGAUAGGAGCCAUUCUCCUCAACCUGCAGGCUUCCGACCGUGAGCUAGAUCCAAUUACAUACCGCAUUCAGAGUGGGGAUCCGCAGCAGGUAUUCAACCUCUCUCAAACUAUAGGUUUGCUGCUCUUGGAUAAGGCUCUGGACAGAGAGACCACUGACCAAUACCGCCUCAUCGUCACAGCCUCAGACGGACAUCCGGGAGGGACCUCCACCGCCACUGUCAGCAUUGUGGUCACAGAUGUCAAUGACAACGACCCGACCUUUGACCUCACUCUUCCUACGAAUUUGACUGUGCUGGAGGAGCGAGCCAACGUGUCAGUGGGUCAAGUCAGGGCCACAGAUCCAGAUGCUGGGGCCAACGGUCAGGUGCGGUACCGGCUGCUCACUUACCCGGGUCUUUUUACCAUCAACGUUAACGGCAGCAUCUUCACAGCCAAGCCUCUGGACAGGGAGAAGCAGAGCAUGUAUGAGCUGGUGGUGGAGGCCUCGGAUGGGGCGGUGGACCCCCGGAGGACCACCCUCAUACUGCUGGUCAAAGUGUUGGACAUCAAUGACAACAGCCCGGUGUUCUCCCAGCCUUUCUACACCAAGAACGUGCCGGAGAACACGCCGGCUGGAUCAGUCCUCCUCCAGCUCACUGCAGUGGACGCUGACUUGGUCUCUAACAUAACGUACAGAAUAAGGACGGAGGCGGCUCGGCAGCUCUUUGGUCUGGACAGGUACAGUGGGAAUCUCACGUUGCUGCAGGCUCUGGACUUCGAGGCUCUCGGUCGAGACGGAGCAAACCACACCUUCGAAGUGGAGGCGCUAGAUCACGAAGGGAUCCUGCCCCCUGGAUUGGCCACGGUUCUGAUAAGGAUCACGGAUAUGAAUGAUUUUGCUCCAGUCUUCACUCAGGCUAUCUACAGAGGCAUGGUCGCUCCAAACGCUGUGAAGGGAACUGUUGUAACAACUGUGAAGGCAACUGACCAAGACCCUCCUCAAACAGCAGCCAGUAGGGUGAGGUACAGAGUGGACCAGGAGCAGUCUCCCUACAGCGGCAGCAUUUUUGAUGUAGAGGAAUCCUCCGGCAGAGUCGUCACCAAAGUCAACCUGAACGAGGAGCCCAGUGCUGUGUUCAGACUGUAUGUGAUUGCCUAUGAUGAUGGUGACCCAGUGAAAAUGAACACAACUCUAGUGGAGAUCACGGUUCUGCAGCCCUCCAGAAUCCCCAUCUUCACAGAGGAGGAGUACAGGUUCAGUCCGGUGAGUGAGAACGCUCCAGUUGGUCGAGCAGUGGGUAUGAUCUUGGCUGCAGCUGUGAACACUACUAUCUUCUACUCUAUUGUGGGAGGAAACGAUGCAGGUGUUUUCAGGGUGGAUAACCGCACUGGAAUGAUCUACACGGCCAAGCUGCUGGACUAUGAGUCAGUAACCAGCUACGAGCUGCGUGUGCAGGCUGAUUCACUGGCCCUUGUCCUGGCUAACUUACGGGUGCCUUCUAAAACGAACACGGCCAAGGUGUUUAUCGACGUACAGGAUGAGAACGACCAUGCACCGGUGUUUACUGAGUCUCUGUACAUUGGAGGAGUAACCGAGGACACAAAGACCUUCACCUCAGUACUGAAAGUUAUUGCGAAAGACGUAGACACGGGAAACUACAGUAAGAUGGCAUACAGGCUGAUCAUCCCCCCUACAGCGGAGGGUCAGGACAGCUUUGUGAUUGAGCAGUACACCGGCAUUAUCAAGAGUGCCAUCAUGUACCGCAACAUGCGCCGCUCCUACUUCAAAUUCCAGGUCAUCGCCACUGACGACUAUGGCAAGGGUCUGAGUGGCAGUGCUGAGGUGGUGGUUUCUGUGGUGAAUGCAUUGGACAUGCAGGUAGUGGUAUCCAACGUGCCACCCACUGUAGUGGAGGAGAACAAAGAGCAGCUGGUCAGGAUUCUGGAGCGUUAUGUUCAGGAUCAAAUCCCCGGUGCUAAAGUGAUCGUGGAGUCCAUCGGGCCGCGGAGGCAUGGGGAAGGCUAUGAAUUAGAAGACUACACCAAAUCUGACCUGCAGGUGUACGCUAUUGACCCUCUCACCAACCGGGCCAUAUCUCGACAGGAGCUCUUCAAAUUCCUGGAUGGCAAAAUUCUGGAUAUUAAUAAAGAGUUUCAGCCGUAUCUUGGCGAGGGCGGCAGGAUCCUGGAGAUCCGCUCUCCAGACAUUGUGGCCACAGUGAAGAAGGCGGCUCAGGCCGUGGGCUACACAGAGGGUGCACUUCUCGCGCUGGCCAUCAUUAUAAUCCUCUGCUGCAUCCCUGCUAUCCUUAUCGUCAUGGUUACCUACAAACAAUUCAAAGAGAGACAGGCAGAGUGUGCCAAAACCGCCCGCAUCCAGAUGGCGCUUCCCGUCAGCAAAUCAGCAGCACCCACUCCUGCUCCAGCUCAGGCCAAUCUCUACGAGGAGCUCGGGGACAGCAAAAUGCGUGGAUACGGCAGAGAGCAACAGCAGCUGCUGAGGCCGUCUUUGCUCAGGCCUGAGGCUCUCUCUAUGGAGUCGGGUAUUGACCCUGGGCAAGACUACUAUGCACAAGACUACUACAGUUAUGAUCAAGGGUACGAUGGAUAUCCUCCAUAUGGGAGCCGCAGGAGGUUGAUAGCUCCCAUGUAUGAUGAAUAUGGAGAAGCUAUCAUGGAGGAUGAUGGCUACUACUACAGUCCCUAUGGCCCAGAGGCUGGCAGAAAGAAGCGGAUCAAACUAGUAGUUGAAGGGGAGGGCGAGUCGACAACCACAGGAGAGGACAGUGGCCCAGACAUCCAGCAGAAUCGCCUGCCCAACAUCAACAGCCACACAAACAUCAACGGCUCUGUGUACCUGGCGCAGAACGGUACCAUCAUCAGAACCCGGCGGCCACCGUAUCUUAACAACUUAAAACUCGGCUCACCGGGGCGACUCUGCAAACAGUUUAAGAAACUGGAAAAGCUAGGAGUUACACACGAAGAGCACUUACCUUUAAAUAGUACAACAGAUAACGGGCCAACUAUAGGACCCACCGUCACGCUUUCAUCCGUGGCCGACUGCAAUCUCAACACAAGGUCCUGCAGCGGGUCCUUAGGGUCCAGCAUAAUAGGGCCGAAGUCUAGCAUUGUUAAAGCCCAUUUGGACCAAGACCACGGGCACUAUGGGCAGGAACUGGAGUCAUCCGUGGACAAAGAUGAGAACAAAGAGACGUUUGAGUGUCCGAGUGACCACACGCUGUCAGAUGAGGAGGAGCUGUGGAUGGGCCCCUGGAACAACCUUCAUAUACCAAUGACAAAACUCUGACACUAAUGUCUUAUAUUGUUUUAUUCUUUGGUUGUGAUCUCAUUGUUCUUUUCUGUUUUUUUUUUCUUGUUUGUUUGUUUUUAUUUUGAUCUUUUUUAUUUCAAAUUGCAAAAAAAAAAAAAAACGAUUUUUCUAAUUAUAUGCACCAGUCGUCAAGGCUGACCAAGAAUUGUGAUGAUAAUUUUGGAUGUUUCUUCUCCACAAAGGAAAUGAUUGUAUCGAAUUACACUUGAUAUUUUGGUGUCAAGACAAUUAAUUAAUUGUUGUGGGUGAUAGGGCUGUUAACUUCUCACGGGAGGCAUUGGUUGAAAGCUAUGACUGUACAAAACAUGGACGCUGUGGUUCCUUUUUUUUCCAUUCUAUAAACAAAAAUGCAGCUAAAAAUUAGAGGCAGAGCCAGACUUCAGAGCCUAAUCAUACAGUAGAUCUGUCCCCUUUUUCAAAUUUAAGCAUCUCAGACCUCUUUCUUGGAGUUUAUAGCACAGCCUGAGGUAACAAAUACAAAUCGGAUAUUUAAUUUACAUCAAAUUACAAUACUGCAUUAAUUAAUUUAUGCUCUGUUCAUUGCAGAAUUGAACCAAAGCUACUACGACCCAUUUUAACCCCUAAGCUGCUGCUGGAUACAUGAAUAAAAUGAAGAAUAAUAAUAAUAAAUCUGGCAAGAGCACUGGCCAUGACAAAGUACAAAUACUAUCAUACGGUUAGUUAUGUAACAUUACUACUACACUAAUGUUAGUUGGCUGGCUAACUACUAAACAGUUCACAUUUACUGAAAUCUCCCAAGAUCAGACUUGCCAAAAAACUGCAUAACUGCACUUCACUCUGUGGUGUCAUAGGAAGGUGCUUAGGAAUAAUGUUUUACAAUUUUUCGCACUGUCAGGUGCACUGGAUUAUAAUGCACACUAUCAAUAAACAUCUAUUUUCUGGUUUAUUUUCAUAAAUAAGGCACACCAGAUUGUAAGGCGAAUUAUGUGACACUAGUAAGGAACAGGGAUGUCGCCAUGUUUUCCUUCUAAUUCCUUCUAAUAGCAGGUCUCAACGCUGAGUGGUGGUGCAAGACCUGUAAAACUAAGCUAAGAUAAGUAAAAAAAAAAAUGUAAUUACUAAAAACGAGUAAACGAGUGCUGGAUGUUAAUCUACACAGAUUUCUCUCCUGAAAACUGUUUAUUUGUGUGAGUAAAGUGCUUUCAUUUAUUUACAGUAAGCUUAGAUUUCCUGGGAGAAACAGCAUUAGCAGCGAACCUCUAGAGCUACACUGAUAAACUCUGGUAAAGUGUUCUGGUAAGCCAGGGAGAUGUCAGCUAGCAGUUUUAAUGCACAGGCGAUAUACUCACCUCUGAACGGCGAAAGAGCACUCAAGCGCAGUAAGCAGCUAAUGCCAAUGCUUCAGCAGUGCUAGCCAGGCUUAGCAGCAGGCUACAGUCCAAUAAUACUCACUUCUGAACAGCAGAAAAGCUAGCGCUUAGCGCGGUUGGUGGCUAAUGCUAAUACAGUGCUGGAGAAGUAACCUAAAACUCCUCUAUAAUGCUGUACUUAAGCAGAGUGGCUUUACUGCUACUUACAACCUGACUGGUAGAAUUUAUACAUAAGGUGCAGCCGAUUAUAAAACGCACAGGUUAAACAAACACAGGGAAAUGAGAAAUGAAAAAAUGAGAUGGAAAAUAUGCCGUUUUAUCAGUCAAACAUAUGGGGAAGGAUGUGCAGUAGCUUCACUUUUAAGACAGGUUGAACCGUCCAUCUUUUCUACAGUCACUGAUUGAAAGCAGUGUCAAAACAACUACGUAUGGAAUGAUUAGAAGUUAUUGCAUUUUACUAUAUUGUUUUUUUUUUUUAGAAAAGGCAACAGAUGUUAAGAACAUGUAGCUGACUGAAACUGUUUUAGGACGUUUUUUUACGCCUGUGUUUGAAGAGUUUGUAUACAAUUCGAGUCGAGUCCGAACGAUAAUUGAACCUUUUUCUGUAAACGAAGAGUACAAACUGGUGUCCUUACAGUAAGUAUAAUUGUUUCUGACAGGUUUUGGACAGACUUUUUUUACACCCUGAUAAUAUAAAUGGCUGUAAUAGGCCUGAUAUUUUGAGAAAUGUGAAAAAAAAAAAAAAUACAUAGAGAUAUAUAUACAGUAUAAACAUGUAUUUUCAUAACUUCAAUUGCAUAUGGUGCAUACAAAGCAUUUUUGAUUCUUUAUUGAGAAUUAAAUCAAAGUAAAUUAUCUUGUAUACACAUUUAUCAUGUUCUCUGAAGUGAUCAAAGAAUUUGAAGUAAAGGUCUUUAGUAAUAUUAUGAGACGAUGAGUACUGAUGUAAUGAAUACAUAUUUGUUAAUAAAUUGGAAAUACUCUUAUUUUUGCUUAGGAUUUACAAUUGCGUUUGAUGUCAUUGAUCUCAGCACACUAUAUUAA